AUGGAGUCCUAUAAUGUGCCGGAGGUGGAUAUGAUGAUGGUGUCCAAGAACUCGCAAUACGAGCGGGAGUCGCUUCUAAAGUUUGCACCUCCCGUUGGACUGACCAACAUCAGCUAUGGCGGGAUGUACAAGGUGGACUCGUUCUAUCUGGAGUGCCAAAAGUACCGGGACCAGUUCCGCGACCCCUACAACAAGCUGCUCCGUCCCAAGAUGUUCAGCACAUAUAGGGGCAAGUGCGGCAUUAAGAUAGAUCCCGAACUGGAGCGCCUGAAGCGACCCGCUGCCUCGCAUGUGGAGUCCAUUCCGGUGGUCUAUCCGAUGGAGUACGGGCGGAAGAUGGACUUCGACAGGGGCUUUCAGAUGGAGGGACGCAACAGCAGGGAGUCGGCCAUCGCCCGCAGGUAUCCGUGUGUGCGUGUGCUGGGCAAGUAA